UGAAAACAUCACCAAGCGCAUCAUCAUGGCACCCAAACUCACAGAAGAAGAGAUCGAUGACCUCAUUUACUUUGCACGAGCAGGAGAGCAGGAGGAUCUGACAGAGACUAUUAAGAGCCUGGCGGAGCGAGAGAAUGUCAGCCCUGCUGAGAUUGUAGCGGCUGCCCAAGAUGCUUCCAACAAGUCAACAUGUUUACACAUGGCGACAGGAAAUGGUCACCUAGAAAUCGUCAGGGAACUCAUCCAAUAUUUCGAUACCCAACCAAAGGAGCAGAAGCAGGCCUUCUUAGACGAGGCAAACGAAGCUGGAAACACAGGUCUUCACUGGGCAGCACUAGGCGGUCACCUCGAUGUCAUCAAGCUGCUCUUGGAGCAAGGUGCUUCUCCCGCGCUGGCAAACGAGCAGAAUUACGUUCCUCUCGAUCUGGCGUACUUCAACCACAAGAACGAUGUUGCUGAGUACUUCUUGUCAACUGCUAAGAAGCUUGAGGAAAAGAACCAAGAAGAGGGUGGUUUGAGCGCUGCUGUUGGGUCAGUUGAGAUCGAGGAGGGAGAUGAGAAGGCUGAGGAGACGAAGGAGACUUCAUAGAGGGGUCAGUCAAAAUGAAAAUUGGAUUAGGAGGAAUGGAUCUUGAUAGAGGAUUCUUGUGAUGGUGGAAGCUUCGGAAAAGGAUAGGGAGUUUAGGACUAUAUGAGAAUAACGAAAAUACUUUUUUAACGAAAA